GUGCUGUAGACGAUACAGGCAUUGGAUACUCUUCAGCACCUGGACAUCUCCGUAUCAUUUCUGAUUUUUGCAAUAAGUGCGACUAAACAGUUAUUUUAGUUUCUUUUAAACAGCUCAACAAUCCCAAAGCUUCAAACUAUCAAACUUUUUCCCAGGAGGGCAUCGUUACCACACCGCUGAGUGAAUUACCGUUGACUGCGGCAAACUGUAACAGAACAGUCCACGGUGCUGUCAAGCUCAUACAGGGAUGGAAGCGAUAAAGCUCCGCGUUUGGGACAAGACUCACCGUGGAUUUACCCGUUUAUUUUCGCAGAACGUAUCCUGAUGAUUUGAUAGCGGACUGUUGAAUACACAACAUUUUAUCCUCUGCUGCAGCACCAUGUCUUAUAUGUAAAUUACACUGAGGCAAAAUUUGCGACAAAAUUGUGCUCAUGGAUUAAUCUGCACAUAGUAAACAUUCCAGCACACAGGAUGUCAGAAAACGUGUCUCUCCUAUCCAUCAAUCCCACAAGCAUUUGGGAAAACACCUCUGUCAUCCCCAACCCUCGGUUCCCUCCAGACUGGGAAGCGCCCACAUUCACCGUGGCCGCUCGCUUCCGAGUGGUGGCCACCCUUGUGCUCUUCUUCUUCGCAGCGAUCAGCAACCUCUCUGUACUGAUCAGUGUUAUCAGGGGACGAGGACGCCACCUGGCCUCGCAUCUGAGACCUCUCAUCGCCAGUCUAGCUUCUGCCGACCUGGUCAUGACCUUUGUGGUUAUGCCCCUCGAUGCUAUUUGGAAUAUCACGGUGCAGUGGUAUGCCGGCAACGUCAUGUGCAAGCUGCUUUGCUUUCUGAAGCUCUUUGCCAUGCAUUCUUCAUCCUUCAUCUUGGUGGUGGUCAGUCUGGAUAGGCAUCACGCCAUUUUGCACCCGCUGGAGGCUCUAGAUGCCGGCCGCAGGAACAGGAGGAUGCUACUGGCUGCCUGGAUUCUCAGCAUAGUGUUUGCUUCUCCGCAGCUGUUUAUCUUCAGAGCAAUUAAAGCCAAAGGAGUUGACUUUGUUCAGUGUGUAACACACGGAAGCUUUCAGCAGCGCUGGCAGGAAACAGUCUACAACAUGUUCCACUUUGUCACCCUGUAUGUAUUUCCCCUGCUUGUCAUGAGCUUCUGCUACACUCGAAUUCUAGUGGAAAUAAACCGCCAGAUGCCUCGUAAAGGAAAGGGUGGUGAACCUUGUCUGAGACGCAGCGGAACCGAUAUGAUCCCAAAGGCUCGCAUGAAGACCCUGAAGAUGACCAUCAUUAUCGUGGCAUCGUUUGUGGUGUGCUGGACGCCGUAUUACCUGCUCGGCAUCUGGUACUGGUUCCAGCCUCGCAUGCUACAGGUGAUGCCGGAAUACGUCCAUCACGCCCUCUUUGUCUUCGGCAACCUCAACACAUGCUGCGACCCGGUCAUCUACGGUUUCUUCACACCCUCAUUUCGUGCGGACAUAGCCGGCUGCUUGUGCAGGAGAAAUCCGAAUUCUUCUUCAAAAUCACUGGACAGACUCUCUGCAAGAAGAGGUGGAGCGAGUGGGGAAGCAGAGUCAGAUCUCGGAAGUGCUGACCAGCACAGUGGACAAGCAUAACGCUAAGAAAUCUCCAUGAGCUAUAGUGACUAAACCAACAUUACUUCAGGCAUAGACUGAUGUGCCUGCUUGACUUUCUGAACUUAGAGGUAGACUUUUGCUGAGACUUGAAAUCUGUGUCUAGACCUCUUUUAUGAUGCUAUGGUGUCAUAGUAUUUAGAAUCUAAGUUUGAUGUUUGCUGAAUUGAUACUUUAAUCCACCUAAAAUCAGAAUGUACUGUAUAUUGAACAUAUAAGCAACUGUCUCAGUUUGACAUUGUGGUUUUAAAGGGAUAGUUCACCUGAAUUGACUGAAUUUGUUUUGUCAGUACAAUAGAAGUGAAUGGGUACCACCAUUGUUUGGUUACCAAAAUUCUUCAAAAUAUCUUCCUUUCUGUUCUGCAAAGGAAAGUUAGUCACACAGGUUUGAAAUGACAGGAGGGUGAGUAAAUUAUGACAUCAUUUAAUAAUGAACUAUCACUGUCUGGACAUUUUAAAAGGAGAUUUAAGUAAGAGUACAUCACCAUACAAAAGUUUAGGGUCACUUGACGAAAAUGUUUUCAUAGUCUUUUGAUCUGAAUGCAAAUAUCUGUUUGAAAUUAGUUAUGUGGAUAAAAAUAUAUUGAAAUGGAUGACUGGGACUAAAUAAAGAAAAAGUGGCCAAUAAGAGCCCAGAUUAGAUGAGAACUACUUUAAAGGGAUAGUUCAUUUAAUAUUAAAAUCUUUCAUCAUUUAUUCACCCUCAUGUUAUUCCAAAUCUGUAUGACUUUCUUUCUUCUGCAGCACACAAAAGAAGAUAUUUUGAAUAAUGUUGGUAUAACCAAACAACACUGGACCCCGUUGACUUCCAUUGUAUGGACACAAAAUCACAGAGACAUUUCUCAAAAUUAGUGAUCGACUGAUAUGGGUUUUUUAAUGGGCAAUGUCGAUACCGAUAUUAAUAAAGCACUGUGGCCGAUUGGCCGAUAUAACACAAAUGCAAUUAAAUUAGUAAAUGAGAGACAUAGAGAAAAUUGGUGAAACUAAAUGAACAAUUAUUGUGUAUUAUGUUAGUAACAGACUUGAACACAUGAAGAGGUCCACACAUGACAUUAUAUCAAUUGUGGGCAGCUAAACAUGGCUUAAUAAAAUAUAGGAAUUUAAAUAUAUUAUUGAUACUUACCAUACAAUUUUUGUAUCUCAUCCACCAUACACGACCCAUUUUACUGUGGUCAUAUUACAUUACUAACUGAAAAAUGCCUGCUUUACAUCUUAGUAGCUAAUGUUCUGUAUGGUGGCCAAACAGAAAUGAUCCAUUUGUAAAAAUAUAUUGGCUGAUGCCGAUAAUUAAAAAUGUCCAAAUACCGUCCGAUAUAUCAGCCAUGGCAAUAUCACAACUCAAAAUAUAUUCUUUUGUGUUUCACAGAAGAAAAUGUCAUAUACAGGUUUUGAACCACACAAGGGUGAAUAAACAGAAUACAACAGUUUGUUAUGGUUUUGUAACAACACAAUUUCCAUAGUAAUUGUUAGGUUUGUGUUUCCAUAAUUUUGCUGAGUUUACUAUUAUUCUAAAAUGUAACAAAUAAAAUAUGAAUAAGGAAUGAAUGAGUGACCCUAAACUUAAGUACAGUUAAUAUUUGAAUCGGAACAACCAAAUGGCAGUGUCUAAGGCACUGCGAAAAUGUGAGCUAUUUGCCUGUCUGGAACAGGGUAAUAAAAACAGUGCCUACUUUAAAGUAAACAUGCAUAACAGCACAAGCAUUUAAAAAUUUGUUGACAAGGAUCUCUAAUUAAUUACAGCUCAGAGUCAGAGCAACAACCUGAGCUAAAAGCUUGUCUGGCGCCAUGCUUGUGUAACAUAUCCUCUGUGCUUCAGGUUCUGGAAUGUUACCUAAUGUUAUUCAAAACUGCCUUAGCAAAAUUUCUCUUGAAGAAAUGUUGUUGUGAAUAUUGUAUUUAUCUGUGGAAUCACCAUAUAUGGUUUACGCUAGUUAUACAUAUAUAUAUUAUGUUUGCAGCAGCAGUGUAUUUUGGUAAAGAUAUGCAUGAAUCUCCAGAAAGGAAUUUGUUGUGGUUCGUGUUUGUGUUUACUGUGGGUGACCAUACAGCCUUAAAGGGAUAGUUCAACCAAAAAAUACUUUCAUCAUUUACUCACCCUCAUGUCAUUUCAAACCUGUAUGACUUUCUUUCUUCUACAGAACACAAAGAUAUUUCACAGAUUGUUGGUAACCAAACAAAAUUGGCCCACUUUUGACUUCUAUUGUAUUGACACAAAACCACUAAGACAUAAAAAAUAUCUCA